AUGCCACGGGCCUUAAUCAGCAACGAGGGCUCUCAUUUUAUCAACCGCAUAAUUGCCAACUUGUUGACUAAAUUUAAUGUCAACCAUCGAGUUGCGACUGCUUAUCACGCACAGACUAAUGGGCAAGUAGAGAUUUCUAACCGAGAUAUCAAAACUAUCUUGGAGAAGGUAGUUAAUACUUCUAGGAAGGAUUGGCUACCCAAGCUUGAUGAAGCGUUGUGGGCAUACAAAACUUCCUAUAAAACACCAAUUGGAAAGUUGAAAUCUCACUGGUCUGGGCCGUUCAAAAUCAAGACUAUCUUUCCUCACGGAGCAGUGGAACUAACAACCUUAGACAGGAACAACGCGUUUAAAGUCAAUGGUCAAUGGAUUAAGCCGUACUACGGAGGUGACUUCGAGCGACGCAUGGACAUCAUUGACUUGGGCAAGCAAGAUUAA